AUGUCCUUGUGGCUGGCGAGGCUGGGCCGGGCGGCGCGGGGCCGCGUGCGGGGCCGCGUGCGGUGCGCCCCGCGGCCGGCGGCUGGGUUUCACAUGAGCCCUAAGCAGGAUCUGCAGUAUGGCUGGCUGGCUUACAUGUUGGGAGACAGAACCACUAAAAAGUUUGACAAAAACAGCAAGGUUUUUACAGUGGAGGGAAACUUGUCUUCUGGGAAGGGCAAACUCGCACAACAAAUAGCAGAAAAAUUAGGAAUGAAAUAUUUCCCAGAAGCAGAUAUCCAUUACAUGGACAGAAUCACAGGAGACAGAGCACUGCUGGAUGAGAAGUUCCAUGGCUUUUGUAACCUCGAGAGGUUUUACAGCGAUCCCAAAUGUCCCGAUGGACACUCUUACCGCCUGCAGGCCUGGGUGUUUGGAAACCGUGUCAUACAGUACGCCGACGCGCUGGAGCAUUUGCUGAGCACAGGACAAGGGGUGGUGCUGGAGCGCUCUCCCUACAGUGAUUUUGUGUUUCUGGACGCGAUGUUCAAAGAAGGUUACAUCCACAAACGAUGCCUUGAUCACUACAAGGAGAUCAAAGAGAUAAGCAUCUGUGAAUUUCUGCCACCUCACUUGGUUAUUUAUAUAGAUGUGCCUGUUUCAGAGGUACAUAAGAGGAUUCAAGAGAAAGGAGAGACAUAUGAAAAAAAGGUGCCUACUGCUUAUCUCCAGCACAUUGAAGAUUCAUACAAGAAAACUUUCCUCCCGCAGAUCAGUGAGACCAGUGAAGUUUUGCAGUACACCUCAGCUGAGGCUGAAGAUGUGGACAAGGUGAUUGAAGAUAUUGAGUACCUGAAGUUUGAUAAGGGGCCUUGGCUGGAGCAGGAUGAUGUUUCGUUCCAUCAUUUAAGACUUUAUGUUCAGGACAAGGAUGGAGUACUAGAUCCUACCACCGUCCCUGUCUACAUUCCCGAAGUAACAAUCGGAGGCACAGAGUUUGAUAAAAUCUAUUACGAGUAUCGAUCGCUUCCUGGUCGCAAUUUUAAGAAAGGCUACAAUGCUGAUGCUGGUGACAAGUGGAUCUGGCUGAAAUGAAGUGAAAUCUGCCUCGCUCCGAAGCGCCGACAGUGACCGGCAGCAGGACCCGGGUGAAGAAGCAGCCGAGCUCCAUGUGCCAGCUCUGCAUCACUUCUGUAUAGAACAGAAAAAAUGCUGGGUAAUUCAUUUUCCAGCUACCGAAUAAAAGAAUAGACUCAAAGCAAGUCUCUUCAUUGAGUUUAUUCCUCCCUGAUGAAUUCAAGGUGCUCUUCCUAUGAAUAUUAGGUAGUAUUAGUGAUGUAUUUGUGAUCUGGCAUUGCAGGGGCAAACUUAAAGCCCAUGCUGAACUUCCUUUUCGUCAAGGUUGUGUUAUGUAA